AUGGCAUCUCUCCAAUCAAUACCGCGCUUCCUCCUACCGCGAGGCCCUCUCUUACUGCGCCCCCAAUACCGCUUCCUCGCCGUGCCCCAAGUCAGCAACAUACCCCUCCGCCAUGCCUCUGCCACUGCCAAAGGCCUCUCCGAAGAGUUUCGCCGUCGACAGGAAGCCCUACUGAAGCAAAAACAAAAGGCCACCACGCCGACGCCUGUAAUACCACAGCCCGACAAAUACCGGCCGCCAUCGCACAGUGCGCGCAAGCCAAACCGCAAUCUGGAGAAUAAAAUUUAUGGCCCACCUCUGACGGAGGAAGACAGGAAGCGCAUGGCAACGAAGAAGUACCCGAAUAUGAUGAGUCCCGAGGGCACAUUCAGUCAUUGGUUUCUGCAUAAUAAGGCGAUUCACCUUUGGAUUACCAUGGGCAUCCUAAUCUCCCUAGCAGUAACCGCAUGGUACCUCGACUUCAUCUCCAAAACGAUCUACGCCGAUCUGCUCCCUACACGCAAGGAGUUUGCCCGCCACCCUAUCCAGAGCAUGAACCGCUUCAUCGAGGUCUACAGGAUGCACAUGCAGCAGACGAGCCAGCAAUACCAGCAACAGCGCCUGAAGAAGGCUGAGGAAAUCGAGAAGAGGAAAUUGUAUCGGUUGGAGAGAAAGAGGGAAGCAGAAGAGAGAGGUGAAGAGUAUGUUGAGGAUCCGAGGUAUUACAUUGGCGAGGAUGGCAUUAGGAGGAGGAGGGUUAAGCGGUGGUUCGGCAUUUGGGAGUAG